AUUUUCUUGGGUAAUUUAAGUUCCUUAGAAGUUCUAUAUCUUCGUGAAAACCAAUUUUCUGGUCCUAUUCCUCAAGAGAUAGGAAAUCUCACAAAGUUGACUACGCUGGUGUUGAAUACAAACCACUUUACUGGUUUUUUGCCUCAAAACUUAUGCCAAAGUGGAUCUCUCCAAGGCUUUUUUGCAUAUGACAACCAUCUCAUAGGUCCAAUACCAAAAACCUUGAAGACUUGCAUGAGUUUAAUUAGAGUCCGCCUUCAACAAAACCAACUCUUUGGGAAUUUAUCUGAAGAUUUCGGUGUUUAUAGAAACCUGCAAUACAUGGAUCUAAGUUACAAUAGAUUUUAUGGUGAAAUCUCUCACAGUUGGAGUAGGUGCCCGCAACUAGGCACCCUGCUGAUUGCUGGGAAUGGUAUUGGUGGUGGCAUACUACCUGAAAUUGGAAACUUCACUCAACUCCAUGUACUUGAUCUUUCUUAUAAUCGGUUGGUUGGGAAGCUACCAAAGGAAUUUGGGAAGUUGACUUCUUUGUUGAAAUUGAAGUUGAAUGGAAACCAACUUUCUGGUGAUAUAUCUCCAGAGCUUGGAUCAUUGACAAAUCUUGAGAUUCUGGAUCUAUCCAGUAAUAGAUUUGACAACUCGAUCCCCAGAAUUAUAGGGAACUUUUUGAAACUACACUAUUUGAAUUUGAGCAACAACAAGUUUUGCCAUGAUAUUCCAGUUGAAAUUUGUAAUUUAGCUCAGUUGUCCCAGCUAGAUUUGAGUCAUAACUCACUUGAAGGAAAGAUACCUUCACAAAUUGGCAAGCUUCACAGCUUGGAGAUGUUGAAUUUCUCCCACAAUAACCUCUCUGGUUUUAUUCCAAUUGCUUUUGAAGAGAUGCAUGGUUUGUCAUAUGUGGACAUAUCCUAUAAUAAGUUGGAGGGCCCUCUUCCGAAUACGAAAGCAUUUCAAGAUGCUUGCAUAGAAGCACUACGAGGAAAUAAAAGGCUGUGUGGAAAUGUUACAGGAUUGCAACCCUGUGUGGUAGGAAGACCAAUUUCAAAGACGGGACCCAAAAUCGUUUUGUUAAUCAUUUUCCCUCUUUUUGGAACACUAUCACUUGUAUUGAUGUUUCUUGGAGUUUUCCUCAUUUUGCAAAGAAAUAGGAAGGACCCUCAUAUAGAUCAAACGACUAACAUAGACAAUGAGAAAGUGUUUUCAAUAUCAACUUUUGAUGGAAAAGCAAUGUACAAGGAAAUCAUUGAAGCAACACAGGGUUUUGAUGAUAUGUUUUGUAUUGGGAGGGGAAAACAUGGAACCAUGUAUAAAGCAACUCUAACAUCAGGAAACACGGUGGCAGUAAAGAAACUCCAAUCCUUGUGUGAUGGUGAGAUUGUACAACAAAAAGAGUCCUUCAAUGAGAUAAAGGCAUUAACAGAAAUACGCCACCGAAACAUCGUAAAAUUGCAUGGCUUUUGUUCGCAAUCACAACACUCGUUUUUGAUUUAUAAGUACUUUGAAAGGGGUAGCUUGGCCACAAUUUUGAGCAGUGAUGGAGGAGCAAAGGAGUUGGACUGGAAUAAGAGGAUGAAUAUCAUCAAAGGUUUGGCUCAUGCUCUAUCUUACAUGCACCAUGAUUGCUCACCACCAAUUGUUCACAGGGACAUAUCAAGCAAAAAUGUUUUGUUGGAUUCAGAUUACGAGGCUCAUGUUUUAGACUUUGGCACAGCUAAGCUUCUUAAUCGAGACUCAUCCAAUUGGACUUCAUUUGCCGGUACAUAUGGAUAUGUUGCACCAGAGCUUGCUUAUACCAUGAAGAUAACUGAGAAAUGCGAUGUGUUUAGCUUUGGAGUUUUGGCUAUUGAAGUGAUCAAAGGAAGGCAUCCUGGUGAAAUCACCUCCAUUCUAUCAACUUCAUCCGUGGAGGAGAAUAUUUUGUUGAAAGAUUUGUUUGACCUACGCAUUCCACCUCCCAUGCUGCAGGCUGAGAAUCAACUGAUACUCAUCAUAAAGCUGGCAAUUGAAUGCUUGCGAACGAAUCCAGAAUCUAGACCAACUAUGCACAUGGUUUCUCGGGUGUUAUCAAGCUGAAGUACACUUUCUUAGAGCCAUCCACCGUCCGACUCUGACUAGGACAAGAAAGAACAUGAAAGAAUAUGAAUUUUAUGGGGCACUAUAUUUUGUCAAAUUUAUGCUGCUAACCAGAUCUUUAAUUACGUACAAGUAUUAAUAAUGUGUUGUUGGAAACACAGAUUUAAGGGCAUUGUGAUUGUACAUUUUUGAUUGGCUAUUUUGGUAUAUGCAUAAAUAAUUCAAAUGUAGUAAAAAAGAGAUUAA